UUAAUUUGUUGGUGUUGUAUUGUUUGUUUGUUGGAGACAAGAUUUUACCGUCUUGAAGUUGUAAUUAGCACUCUAGUACUAAAGCAAGAAAACACAACUGUUGAAAGACUUGACACCAUGGACGAUGCACCUAAACUUGAUUGGAUGUACGCUGGGCCAGCUGGCCAUGUCAAUACUGAUGAGUAUUUGACAGGCCGAGCCGUGGAUAAAACAUUUGAACAUUUUAAGCUCGGUGGGGCCGAACCCUUGAAUUUGGACUUACCUGCACCAACUUUACCAAGAGAAAAAUCUUCCGUACCUAGAAUUCAGGUUGAUGUGGCCCGCAAAGUACAAGAGGAUCCACUUUUAAAUAUUCGUCGCCAAGAAGAAGAAAGGAAAGCUCUACUUAGGGAGCAGAUGCUUAUCCAGCAAAGAUUAACAUCUCACAACAAGAAAACCUUUAACCCCAAAGAGCAAGGCCAUAAAAGAAAAGAAAGAAGAAACAGUUCAGAGAGUUCCAACUGCUCAGAUUUGGAUUCCAAGUUAGCUUUGAAACUGAAACAGCUUAAGAAAUCUGAAAAGAAAGAAAGUCUUGAUGAGAAAAUUGCAAAAAAACUUCUGAAAUUAAAAAAGAGACGAGACAGCACCAGCAGUUCCUCGUCGUCUAGUUCCGAAGACGAAAGUGCUAAACAUAAGGAAAGAAAACGAACUUCACGUGAUGCAGAUCAUGAAAGGGACCAGCAUAGGAGAACUUACAAUCAAAAUAAAAAAUACGCAAGGGGGAAUGACGUCUCAAAAUCUAGUUCAGCAUACGUACAAGAAAGGUUUACACCACGGGAUCAUCGAAAAAGUUCGCACGAAGUACGUGAUGGCUUCAAAGACUCACGUCUACUGCCUAGACAUCGGUCAGAGCGUGAUGCAGUGCCCAGAAACAGAAACAGUGGAAUGAAGCUCAGUGAAGAAGAAAUGGAGAAACGACGGAGAGAGAUGAUGCAUCACGCUGUUGUAAGAGAUAGUGAAAGAAAAGUUAAGGUAGACAAAUACCGCAAGGAAGUAGAGGUGGAAGCGGGCCAACUUAACGCCAACCGACCGAAGGAAGCGGAAUUCGUCAAGAAACAAUUAGCCACCGUAACAUCCAAUACUACUGUUGAGGCGAGGAUAAAAGCCAAUGUGUUCAAUAUCCAAAGAUCGGUGAAUUCUAUGGACUCGAAUUUUGCACGCCGAUAACUAGAAAUUUUUCUUCCAAUGAAUGAAAUGACAUUGUACUUGAAUGAAACUUU